AUGCCCGCCGCCGCCGCCGCCGCCGCCGCCGCCUCCGCCUCCGCGGCGUCCCGCGCCGCGCCGCUCUCGACGCCGCGCGCGUCGCGCCGCGCCGCGCCGCGCGCCGCCGCGCGGUGCGCGGCGUCCAACACGACGAACGCGCGAUUCGCGCUCCUCUUCGACUGCGACGGCGUCAUCGUCGAGACCGAGGAGCUGCACCGCCGCGCGUACAACGCGUCGUUCGAGCACUACGAGCUCACGAUCGACGGCGUGCCGCUGAGUUGGAGCGUGGAGUACUACGACGUUCUCGCGAACACCUGGCACUUCGGGAAGAACGGUUGGCCGAAGUCUCCGCGGUUCUUCUCCGGCGCGCUCCCCGCGUGCGAGGACGACGAAAACGCGCUCGUGGACGCGCUGCAGGAUAAGAAGACGGAAUUUUACAAGAAGAUCGUCGAGGAGACCGCGGAGGCGCGGCCGGGGGUGUUACGUUUGAUGGACGAAGCGAUCGCGGACCCGUCCAUCGCCGUCGGCAUCUGUUCCGCCGCGACGAAAGCAGGCUUCGAGAAAGUCGUUAACAGCGUCGUCGGGCCGGAGCGCCUCUCCAAGCUCGACGUCAUCAUGGCCGGCGACGACGUCACGCGGAAGAAGCCGGACCCUCUGAUAUACAACCUCGCGCGCGAGAAAGUGGGUCUCCCCGCGUCGAAGUGCGUCGUCGUGGAGGACUCGCUCGUGGGACUCCGCGCCGCCGUCGGCGCCGACAUGCCGGCGCGUUCUGUACACUGGUCCCCGUACGACCGCGUUCGCGCGGCGCACGCCUGCUUGAUCACGCCGUGCCCGUCUUCCGACGUCCCGGACUUUAAGAAGGAGGGCGCGAUGGCGGUGUGCGACGACAGGAAAGGUUUGGAAGGGCCGCCGCGGGUGACGGUGAAGGGGUUGUUUCCGGAGGGCGCGGAGUCGCCGUCGUUCGAGGGGCUGUGA